UCAAACAGCGUUCCUAUGCAUUUCCAAACUCCCAAUCACCACACCUUUAAAACCACAAUGCAAAUCAAAUACAACCAAGUGUCUGUUUGGCAUUCCAAAGGAUCUGAAAUACCAAUAUCUUGGAUUCUAAAACAUCCCAAUUCCAUUUCUUCUUCCGACCGGUCCGAAGAACCCCAUUCAGUAGACUUUCAAAACCCUCAGCGAAACUGCUGAAUUUAAUUGAUCUUCUGUAGAGAAAGAGAAAUGGGUUUUGCAACCAACAUAGGAAAAUACCAGCUCGGCCGAACAAUUGGCGAAGGGACCUUCGCGAAGGUCAAGGUGGCCGUGAACACCGAGACGGGCCACAGUGUCGCGGUCAAGAUCAUCGACAAACAGAUGGUCAUGGACAAUAAGCUCAUGGAUCAGGUGAAAAGAGAGAUCAGCACGAUGAAACUUUUGCAUCAUCCGAACAUUGUUCGGAUAUAUGAGGUCAUUGCAACGAAGACAAGGAUCUAUAUUGUUAUGGAAUACAUCUCGGGCGGGCAGCUCUCAGAUAAGAUGUCCUAUACGAAGAGAUUAAGUGAAGGCGAUUCUAGAAAAUACUUCCAGCAGCUGAUUGACGCCGUCGACUAUUGCCAUGGGAGAGGCAUCUACCACAGAGAUCUAAAGCCUGAAAAUCUGCUAUUGGACAGCAAAGGGAAUUUGAAAGUGUCCGACUUCGGACUCAGUGUACUGCGUAAGCCAGGGGACUUACUAUCUACAGCUUGUGGCUCUCCGAGUUAUGUCGCUCCUGAGGUAAUUGCCAAUAAGAACUACGAAGGAUCGGCCGCAGAUAUUUGGUCUUGUGGCGUGAUUCUUUUCGAACUACUCGCCGGUGUUCUACCCUUCGAUGAUCGUAAUCUGAUGAGCUUGUAUCGGAAGAUAUCAAGAGCUGAAUACACAUGUCCUGAAUGGUUUACGGGAAGCCAACGAAAGCUGAUUUUCAAAAUACUCGAUCCAGUUCCAAGAAGGAGGAUAACAAUAUCAGAGAUUCUUGAAGACGAAUGGUUUCAAAUGGAUUACCAACCAUCUAUAGGAAUCGAUCAUGAUGAAACCAUAAAUUUGGAUGACGUCAACACUGCAUUUGAUAGCACAGGAGAAACCACCACAGAGACGGAUAAACCCAAAUCGCCGAGUUUUAUCAACGCUUUCCAAUUGAUAGCAAUGUCUAACGAUCUUGAUUUAUCAGGUCUCUUCGUAGAAGAGGAUAAUGACAAACAAAGAACAAGGUUUGGCUCAACGCAUUCAAUUCAUGAGACCAUAGAAAAAAUUGAAGUUGCUGCGAAGGAUGCAAGGCUCUCUGUUGAAAGGAUGAACAAUUCCAAGGUGAAACUUCAUGGUACAAGAAGGUUGACGAGAUGUAGAUCGCAUUGCAUUGUUUCGGCAGAGGUCAUUGAGGUGACACCAACGAAUUGUGUGGUCGAGAUAUCGAAGUCUGCAAGGGAAUUGAGGGUGUACACAGAGUUCUGCAAAAGCCUUUCGAGCAUGCUUAAAGAGAAAUCAGGAUUUUCACCAGAUCUGCAAAUGCCGGCCACAGCAGCGGGCAUUGAUGAGAAAGAUAUCAAGAAAACAGAAUGGUAAUCUCAGAGAAUGGAUUGGACUGUAGUAACAGUUCGAUCAGUAUCCUAAAAAACCAGUACAUGUGAAGGGCAGAUUUCGCUACUAGAUGAUUAAAGUUGUCCAACCAAUGUGAAUUUUGGUGUAUAGUCCAUCCAUCUAGUGACCCACCAUGUCAACGUUCCCAAUUGCUGCAUGUUUUCCAUACGGAACUUUAAAAAAGCGGAAAGACAUUAUCAUGUGCCUACCUACCUUUUGAAUUAUGCAGUUCGAAAGCAGGAGACAACGGCGUUGAUUGUAAAGAUGUCGGUCGAGGCUAUUCUUCCUCCUGAUAGAUAAUCACGUUCCCACCUCAACAUCCUUUGAUGGCCCACCUUUCAUCAGUCUCCAAAACAAGGAUGUAAAUGGUAAACCACGUGAAACUACCCACACUUGAAUGAUCUAGAACUGUCCAAGCAAAGGUAAAAGAAAGCAGGAUCUGUUAGCUUUUGCUUGUGGGCCACUACUGCAAUUUUGGGACCAUGUAACAAUGUCAUAUGCCGAAAAAAAGGGAUUUGGCACUAUUUGGAUUCUUGUAUUUUUGGGUCUUCAACUGUCGCUUCAGUUCAUGAUAAUGGUGUUGAAAGUAGCCAUUUGUGUUGAAAUAUUGCGCUAACCUUGAGUAGCAUCAUUGUAAUAAUUUCCUCUUUUAUGCAUGUGUAUUUUGAUCUUUUGUUGCGGGAGCGGUUUUGUGUAAGAACUUUUAGAAAAAGGAUUGAGUUGUGAUUUUGUAAUUAUUUAAAGCAAGAAGGUGGUUGUGAAAAUUCAUACACCUGUAGAGAGCUCUAAAAGUCCAUUGUGCUGAAUUGCAAAUGUUAUAGAACAUGAGUUGUGAGGGGAAGUGUUCUUGUAAGCUUGAGUUUGGAAUCUUGUUUACAAUGUGAAGGAUUUUUUUCU